GCCACAAGUACAAACAGAACAACCCAGGAUCUAGGAGCUAGCUGACCCGCUGAUCUGCUGAGUUCAGCAUGACCAGAUGACCGGACCAUGAGCUAAAACUUGAUACUACGAUAGACCAUGGCAUAUGCGCUAGGCGUUGACCAUCAACGACGAAAAACUCCGUUUUUAGUUGCACAGGAACACUCUGUUGCUCUUUCCGUCAUUGUUGGCUUCCUACAAGUUCCUAGGGUGGAAGUUGUGUGGCGUUGGCUAACGAACCUUCCGUCCCUGUCACACCCUGCACUGAGUCUGUGUCCGAGCAGUCAGCCUGCGGUUAGUUAGGUGCCGAAUUCGUCGGACGGCUGACUUUUCUGCAGACCACCUUUUGCCAGUUUUGAAAGCGCGAUGCUCCUUUGGCGAAUGGUCGACAAACGGCCUGCUAGCUACGAACACGCAGACCGACUUCCAGGAGUUGUUUCUUCUGUACUCUCGGUGUGGAUGUGGAUGUGGCGGCUGGAAUUGUGUGCCCUGACGGUAAUUAGCACCAUCGGUGCUAUCACGGCGGCUUCGCCAGGUACACCAGGCGCAGGCCCCUGGCAAUGUUAUACAGCCACGGGACAGCCACAGUACUGUCAGCCAGCUCCGUUCAACGACGUGCGCACCUUGCCCGCCUUCAAUGUCACAUCCAACAGCGAGUGUGGCGUGGGUGGCUUCGACCGCUACCGUGCCCUGGGAGCCAACGGUAUCGUUGGGAAUGACGUUUGCGAUGGAGCUCAACCUCGACUUGCCUCAAACCUUGCCAGCAAUACCGGCGGGAGAUGGCAAUCAAGAUCCAAUGUUUCGACACCAGUGUAUUUGUCGCUACAUCUUCCCAGAGCCAUGUACGUGCGUUCCUUGCAGAUCGACUUCACGUUUGUAGCACCAUCUAAGAUGAGUAUCCAACUGACACCAGGACCGGGUAAGUCAGACACCGGAGUCACGUAUGCACGUGAUUGUGCAGCCAUGCCAGUGACGACGAACUGCAUCGAGCUUGCUAGCAGCUCGCUGAAUGUAACCCUGGACCUUGCCAAUGUUACUCUGCUGGCGACCAGUCGAGAGCCCAGUGAACGGCAGCUUGUCCGCGAUUUGUUCUUCACCGACAGAGUCGUCAUCGUCUUUGAAGAAGUUGGCUUUCCGGACGCCUUACCUGCGACGGAACUUGACGAUCUUGAUCUGUGGCGGUACUAUGCAGUGUCUGAUGUUCUCAUGUCAGUGCUGUGUGACUGCUCUGGACAUGCCAGCCAGUGUUCAGGGGAAACUAGUGAGUGCGAGUGCCAGCACCGCACUCGCGGCGAGCACUGUUCCAGCUGCCAACCUGCCUACUCGGACGCGACAUGGAGACGAGCACGACCAGGAACGGUUACGCAGUGCCAGGUCUGCUCCUUGCCGUCAAACACUAGCCAAUCACAUUCAGAUUGUCAUGCCAACGCCACGUGUGUACCCACUGGUAAUGGCACGGAGUCAGAAUGUAAAUGCACGUCUGGGUUCGAGGGCACCGGCGUGGACUGUGCGGACAUUAAUGAGUGUCAGGUGAAUAGCACGAUAUGUGGCAAGCCGGACACUGCUGUCUGCAACAAUGUGGAGGGAACAUUCCUAUGUGGCUGUGUCAGUGAUCGGUAUGAGUAUAAUAUCACCAACGCAGAGUGCGUAUUGCAACCAGGCACGGCAAGCGGCAGCCCCAGUACCAGUGUGACUCUGAGUAGUACACACAUGCCCGCGCCACGCAUAUCCAGUGAGUUCAUGACUAUGCGGCCUGCAACAACCGUGCAGUCUUCAACUGCACCGCUCAGCAGCACCGUGCCAGGUUUGAGUGCUACGGCGGCGACAGUUACGAGCAGCAUGCAGGCAAUGCCCAGUGCAAUGUCCAGUGCUACUGAAGCGUCAAGUGCCAGCAGCGCAGCCUCAGUCAGCUCAACACUGGAGAGCACAUCACACGAAGGCAGCAGCGCACAGACGUCUUCAUCGCUACCCACCGUUUCUCCAACAGGUAAUGCUGGGAGUAUUCCUCUGACAUCUGCUACUGUCCUGCCAACUGCACAGAGCUCACAGCCUCUCACAGCAAUAUCUCAGACAUCAGCCAACAGUACUCCGAGUCAGACUAGAGCAGGCAAUACCAGUGCUGCGUCUUCUGCCUCACCUAGUCCACCUACAGGAGCAACUUCUACCGGGGCGGUGUUGCUCAUGGUUACGAAUGACCAAGACGGGAACAUGUCAGUGAUAACUGAUCCUGGUGACAGUACUGAUGGUGCUGUUAUGGAUAAUGUAUCUCUAAGUGUCUCUGAUGGUACAAGCACUGUACCGGUCACCGUAAUUGGCGGUGACAAUGCCAAUGAAACAUCUUCUAAUACGACAGACCAGUCGCCGUCCGACAACAUUGCCAAUGUACUGUUUGUUGACAAUCAUGUGGUCACUAUCAUCACUGUGUGCGUGAUGGUGUCAGCAGCUGCUUGCGUCCUGCUGUCCUUGAUCAUUGCCAAGAGAAGGCGGAAAGUCGGACUAUGGUGGGUACGAGCUGACUAUGGCACGCUGGACAGCGAUCGGAGUCAAACCCUUCGCUCCAAGCAAUCGACAGGCAACAGCGCUGGUGGUACCGUGCCAUCAAACUUCCGCUACAUCACCCCGGUGAAACGCGUGGCAGGUGACAACAAAGCGGACGACACCAACCCCGUCAUCAUCACCAACCCAGAGGCAAUGACUGAGCCAGUUAGUCCAAUAAAAGAACUUCGCCUGCAACCAAGUCUCCCCGCCACUGAAUGCGAACUCACCACGUCUUUCUUCUCCUUCCAGGACCCUCGACUGAACAGUGUGUCAGAGGAAGAUUCUGUGGUCCACUCGGGGGAGAUACGUGACACCAUGGCGUUGUUUGAUGCAUGUGCAGCUGUGGACACUCGCAGUCUUGUUACUACUGAGCACACCGGAAGUUCAGGAGGCGGCAGCCCACGGCAUCAGCCAGACUCAAUACUCCUCAGCCCAGUAUCGGCAGCUCACCGUAGCCUGGGUUCUCCACAGAUGUCCGAUAGCGCCCAGCAGAGCCCUCAGAGUCCUCAGAGUCCUCAAAGCCCGCGUCACUUGCAGGCCAGACCGCGCAAGGAACGCUACCUCAGCGGCGGCAGCAAUGCCGAAACGCUCUCGGAGGCGCGGGACAAGCGACUCACUCACGUCAGCUUUCCGCUGGGAGUGCAACUUGAGCUGGGUAUGUCCGAACCUAAUCUCUGUGACUGCAGUCCCCAGAGCCCUGGUGUCCUGUCAGCCAGCAGCAAUAUCUACACUGGGAAAAGUCCAUCCACACCCUGAGUUACUGUGACCAGUCGGCAGAGUAAGGCAACAUGGAAGGGCCUUCUCAGUUUCUACUGAGCCUGUGCUUGUCCAAGCCUGCCAUAUAGCCUGGAUGACUGAAGACUCAGCACCCAGGCCUGAGAAAAACUAUCAAUCCCGAACAUGGUACUGUCCACAGGUUGAGUUGAAGCAGAAUAUAAUUAUUAUGACGUAGGAGUGAAUUCAAAGUAUACCGGCCUCCGAGGAAGCUGCAAAUGAUGGCUGCAAACCAAGCCAGUCAAGUCAGUGUUUCAAGUUCACCCGAUGAUUUUCAUGGCGUAAGCCGUACCAGCACGGGGGAUCUAGCACGCCGAGUACAAACUGAUCAGCAGUGGUACGAGUAGUGCAGCACUGCCAGUCAUCCGGCUGUCAGGGGUAUUCCCCACUGCUGUGCUCAUAGCUAACUGUAGUGUUUGCAAUGAUGCCCUACUCACGGUGAUUCUCAGCCGGCUUUUCAGCUUUCAGCUUCCACUCGUAACUAAUUUACUUGUUUAGCUAUGCAUCCCAGACUUUUCUUGUCCGUAAACCGGCCUGUCUGCAGACUUCAAGUAACGUUGUUGGUACUAGACAUACUGACACAUGUGGAAAACUAAUUACUUGGCAAACAAAAAAAUGCAGCCUUUUGACUGCUUAUCCACGUAUAUUUUC